UACGUCCUAAAGAUGGCUCUGCUACAGGCUCUAGUCACCAUCACAAUGGGGCUUAUUUUCGCGCCAAAGUUCUGGGCCCUGCUAAUGCAUUCAGAAUGGUCAGCUAAUAACGGAAAUGCCACCAUUACCGGAAGACUAAAAGUCAACCAAACAAUGACAACAAUCAUACCUGGGGUACGCCACAUGGGCAUACAAACAGACGACAUAUUUCUGACACCGAAGUGGCCACAGGACACAUCUCAGAGUUCACAGAAGGGGCCUAGCAGACCAGGAUCCAGGAAUUCGGCGAAGGUCGCCCCCCUCGAGGUACCUUCGAGCUGCUCGCCGGGUUUUGUGUCACCGUGAAUUUCAACUUUCACUUUCACUUCAACGAAGGUCGUCAUUCCCGACCAUACCACCAUAUUACAGUACAAAACAGUCUUUUGGUAGUUCCGUCCUCCGAUGUGUUCAUUUAGACCAAGCAGGAAAACGUCCGCUAGACUGGUUUACGCGCUUCACGAUAAAUCAAAUGGCCACGUCGGGAACCAAUCGAAAAAAUCGCGAACGUUAGAGAAACUUAAGGUGUUUUUUUAAAUACAGUUUA